AGGUAGUGUCCCAACAUUUCUGUUGAAAGCCAAGUUGGGUUUGACGGAUCUGAAGCCAUUAAUGUGCAUGGCAUUUGCCAAACCCCAUUUCCAUUGAUUUAAUUGCGUGUUUCUACCAAAUCUCCAUUGCUUCCUCACUCAGCACUCACCACUGGUUGAUGUACUGAGUGAUAAAUAAUAAUUGAUAUUCAGCAAGUAUCUUCUGCUGCAUCGCAACACUUGAUUAAUCCUAUUCCUUAGUUUCUUAGUUAGGUCCCCUUUCCAUUUCACCUUCCUUCUAUGCUUGCAUUCUCACUCUCUUAAUACCCUAAACCUUUGAAUCGAUCUAAAUCUCUCCCAAAUCGCAAACCCCUUUUGCCCAAUCCUCUCAAUUUUCUCCCUAACUUUCCGCUGUCGGCUCGCGGGUUGGUAAAGUUUCUUCUUUUGUCUUCUGGAUUUUGACAGAGAUGGGGGAGGGAGAACGUUUUCAGCUGGGGACGGUGGGCGCGUUGACUCUUUCUGUGGUCUCAUCCGUGUCGAUCGUAAUUUGCAACAAGGCGUUGAUGAGUUCACUGCAUUUCAUUUUUGCUACAACUUUGACCAGCUGGCAUCUGCUUGUCACAUUUUGUUCCCUUCAUGUGGCGCUCAAAAUGAGAUUCUUUGAGCACAAACCUUUUGAGCAGAAAGCUGUAAUGGGAUUUGGGAUUUUAAAUGGGAUCUCAAUUGGACUUCUAAAUUUGAGCCUGGGGUUCAAUUCUGUUGGCUUCUAUCAGAUGACUAAGCUGGCAAUCAUUCCUUGUACUGUACUGUUGGAGACCAUUUUUCUUGGGAAGAGAUUCAGUAAGAGAAUUCAAUUUGCCCUUAGUAUCCUCCUUCUGGGUGUUGGGAUUGCUACUGUCACAGAUUUGCAGCUCAACGCUUUGGGCUCUUUCUUGUCUCUGCUUGCAGUGAUUACAACUUGCAUUGCUCAGAUUAUGACAAAUACUAUCCAGAAGAAGUUCAAGGUUACUUCCACCCAGCUUCUGUAUCAAUCAUCCCCAUAUCAGGCAGCAACCCUGCUAAUCUCUGGUCCAUAUCUGGAUAAACUUUUGACCAACCAAAAUGUAUUUGGUUUCAAGUACACAACACAAGUGACGGUCUUCAUAGUUCUUUCCUGCCUUAUCUCCAUCUCUGUCAAUUUUAGUACGUUCCUUGUUAUUGGAAAGACAUCUCCAGUUACCUAUCAGGUUCUUGGACACCUGAAGACAUGCCUUGUAUUGGCAUUUGGUUAUAUACUACUCCAAGACCCAUUUAGCUGGAGAAACAUACUGGGUAUUUUGAUAGCCAUGAUUGGGAUGAUUCUAUAUUCCUACUAUUGCACUCUGGAGAAUCAGCAAAAAGCUGUUGAUGCUGCAGCACAAGCAUCCCAGGCAAGAGAAGGUGAAUCUGAUCCUCUGGUUAAUGUGGAAAAUGGAAGUGCAGUUAUGAGUGAUACUGUUGGACAAAGACAAAUGUCACCUGUGUGGAGCAAGAGCAAGGACUAGUAUGUUUAUGGGCUUUGUUAUAGGAUUGUCAAGAACAGUUAUAGUCCUUAUAGAGGGUUAACACCCCAUAUCCAUAUGGAAUUAGGAAGUGGAAGUGCUGCCAAACGCAUGUCCCAGUCAUUUUUCUUAGUAGCUAUAGUCUAUAAUAUUUUGAGUUCUAAAAAAAAGUGAUAUUUUAUGAAUCGUUUGCCGCCAACAAUAUUAGGAAGGGGAACAAGUAAAUGGCCAUUUCGUAUUCUAUUGGCCAACAAAUGUCUUACAGUAGCAUACAUUUCCUGGUGAUGUUUUCACAUCAUGUUACAUUUAUAAUUUCAUAUAGAUAUUCAAACUUUUUCCUGCCUUGAAUAACAUAUAAACAUCUACCGG